AUGGAGAAGCUCAUUGAAGAGUGCAAACUGGACUGUCCUGAAGAGAAACAGAUUCAGGUGCUGGAGAAAUGCCUACCAUUUGUUGGGACAGAUCGCGAUAUUCAGAGUAGAUCCAUGGGUUGGUUACUAUUGGCAAGGAUAUUAGAGAGGAGGUUGAGCAUAGAAUUGUACUCGAUACGCUAUGGUUGUGAUGCACAAAUGUCAGAAGUACUGCUUAACACUCUAUCAGCUGCAAUGGCUAAGCGGUUGCUAUCCCAAGAAGAGCGAGCAGGAGUACUCCAUCUGAAAUCAUUCGGAGUGUCUUCCUCACGUGAUGAUCUUUGCAUUCUCCUUUUUGAGUUGUAUUCGUCAUCACUUUGUUUUGCAAAAGCAGGCCAGUUUGUUCUGCGCGAUGAUAUCAUGAGCGUCUUGGAGGCAGGCUUGAAUGAUUUACAACUACGUGAGAGCGCUCUGGGCACAAUACCUCAGGUAGUUACGAUUCUAAUCUCGAAAUUGGAUGCUCCGAUCGAAGCACUUUUUGACACGUUAACUCAUAUCUGCCGUGUUUAUGGCCCUGGUUCAACGUUGUUUCGACAUUUUUAUGCAAUAUGUAGCGCUCUGAGACAUCCUUUGGAUGAACAGAUAUUAAUGUCUAUUCAACGAAAGGUCAGUGAACAAGUGGUGCUGAAUCCGAAUUCGUCAGUUUAUCGUGACUUAUUAACUUCAUUUCUGAGUUGCACUCAUGAACUCGUACCACCUCCAGUACAAAUAGCAAGAACAGUAAUUAGUCGAUGUUCUGACGCAAGUUACGUGCGGACGCUUAACUACCUUUGUGACAUCAUAACUAGGCCGCGAAUGCAGAACUUGGCCAGUCAUGAAAUUGUUUGUCGAUCUCUUGUGAAGUUGGAACGGGACGCCGAUAUGGACACUACGAAUGGCAAGCAACGUUUUGCGACUACUAACUCAUCUGGAGUUGAGGCUUUCGAGGAAUUCGAAAACGAAAUUUGUAAUGCAUUGGAAGGAACUGUGCGGCAGAACUCCUUGGUAGAAAAGCCAUCAGGAAACCAAGUAGCUACGUCUUUUGAGGAAGCUGCCGUAGUAGAAAAGCCACCAACGAGUCAGGAAGUUGUUGCAUCCACAUCGACAUCUAACGGUUGUAAUAUGGAUGACGAAAUUAUGAUUGAAGCAGUGCCCGCUGUAUCAAAGAGAAACCUCGAAGAGCAGAUUGAAUUCGUUCCAGAUUUUUUGAAGAGUGUCAAGGAGCCAAUUGUAAAGAAAACAAAAAAGUCGGAUGCGCAACUUCAAAAGCCUUUAGAGGUGGCAACGUUGUUGGAUGGUGAAUUAAGUGUGGAUGAAAUCCUUAGCACGUUUUGUCCAGAUUAA